AUGGCUCCCCCUAACAUGGCACCGCCUACAUUUAUGACACAAAGGAAAUACAUACAAUUAAUCAGCUUGGCAAAAAAGUUGGAUGCCUGCAAAAACGAGCUACUGCGUUACCGGAGGGGGGAGAAGACAGCCGUUCUACCUACCUCUAUCGCUCCUGUGGGGGAAGGCUACACUGGUCUGUCAAUCGCUGGACAGAAUAAGCCUACCAACAUGGAGAGACGCCUCCCGAAAUCAGAACGCAACAUGGCAGGGGGAAAACGGAACAAGAUAAAAUCUGUAGCCAGUGAACCCACACUCGGUGUGACAAAACGAAAUGUAACACCUCAAAUGGGUAGAAAAAAAAGGCACAGUGAUCCAACCCCCCUUAAGAAAAGCUUUUCCAAGGAGGGAAACUCAAAUGGACAGAACAUAAAAGACGAAGGGGUAGUACCCAGAGUAUAUCUAGCCAAAGGAGCAACCUUUAGUGAAUACAAAGCAAAGAAAAAAAAAAAAAAAAAAAUUCAAAACAAGGCACAAAUUUCUUCCCAUCAUAAAGGAACACAGAACAGUAGAAAAAAAAAAAAAAAAUUUUGCACCUUACCGAAAACGGACUUCAGCAAAAGGAUCACCAGUGUAGCUAGAUGUAACAAAAAGUGGGUUCUACACAAGGAGGGAAAUUCCGAGUAUACAUUUCGGAGCCCCGAGGGUGGGGGUGACCUAACCACUUGGAACAGGGAGAACCACAGUGGAAAUAACCAAAUGGUUCCAUGCCAGGUAAAAGAGAAAUUGGACCUCAUGCCCCUUGUACACACAAAUCAGGUGAUGGAACGCCCCCCAGACAUUUCCCCCAUGCUCAGCAACUCAACAAAGAAGAAGAAAUCAAUUCCUUUAUCUACAGAGAGAGGAAAGCAACCACUUACCAAACCAAGUAAAAAUGAAAGAACAUCGGAUUUAGAAAGCCACCUUGCCAAUGACACCAAAAAAAGACAGGAUGAACCUGCCGCCAAAAAAGGAAUCCCCUUAUAUAAAGGUGUAGAAAUAUCCAGGAGAAAGUUAAGGAGCGUUUCUAGAUGUACAACCCAAUCUGCUAAACAUACUCGUCCACAAUUGAGUUCCUCACGGGGGUCAUUACAAAAAGGGAUCUCUACGAGGGGUGCAUGCGCCACCCUUGAUAAGACCGUUGGGAACACACAGAAAAGAGCUAAGAGGGUUCUUCCAUCUCGUCCUUCUCUGCGAGCUUCCCCCCUGCGGAAUGCCAAACGGAAGAGACAAAGCGUAACGAGGAAGACCGCUACGAAGCGGAGCCUCCUUCACGCUCCCCCCACUCAGCAGCGUUAUCUGGACCAUCAAGAUGGAGAGAAGCAAAGGGCCAACCGAAAAACCGUAAAGGAUUUCAUGAAGGCAUUGAACAAUUCCAGUGUUAUCAUUUGCACGAAUGGGCACAAGAAGCGACCGAAGCGGGGCAGGCGGAAAUGCCUUCACACUCGGGUUUAA